GGUUGGCAUGAGCGGACUGAUGCCUUACUGUUCCGCUGCGAGAGAAUGAAAUUUUAGAAUUUCGAUGUGCAGGACGCCUAUCCCACCCUAAGCUGCUUCCAUUUCCAAUGUACAGCUCUUGCUGCCACGACCGACACCACGUAAGGAUGAAGUUUCAAGAUCGUCUAAGAGAAUUGCCUGCUCCCAAGAAAGAUCUAGAGAAUCGAUCAAAAUGUUGAAGGUGUCGCUUUAUUCCAAGGGGCUUCGCUUUCGUCUGCUUCAUUCUGCGUCUUGCUUCUAC